AUGGCACGUAGAUAUCGCGACGCUGCUGCAAAAUUGCAACAAAAUAUACAAAAGCAUUUAAAGGAAAUGAAGGAACUUUCAUCGUCCGAUGAUGAAGAACCCUUUGAAACUAGCGUACUGGACGGUGUAUUUCAAAGCUAUUGGAGAGGCGGGGGCGACAAACAAAUGCUAAAUAGAACAAAAAAUCUAUUAGAAGAAGCCAUAAGCGGUCGAAAUAUUACUUGUCUUAUAUGUAUAGGGUCUAUCAAACGAGCUCAUGCCAUAUGGAAUUGUGACCAUUGCUACUCUUAUUUUCACCUCUCUUGCAUACAAAAGUGGGCGAACGACUGCGUGAGUCUUAAAAGCGAUGAGACUCAAGGCCCUAUUGCUGUUUUUGUUCCAAGAAAAGUUGAAUGGUGUUGCCCGAAAUGUAGACAUUCAUACAACAAAGAAGAAAUUCCGCGUAAAUACCGAUGUUUCUGUGGCAAAACUGACAAUCCUCCCCUUCACCCCUGGCUAAUACCCCAUUCCUGUGGUGAAAUUUGUGAAAAAAGACUUUCAUCAGGGAAUCACUGUAAACAUAAAUGCCUUCUGCUCUGUCACCCUGGACCUUGCCCACCAUGUCCGCAAAUGGUUAAUGGAGUUUGCUAUUGUGAGAAAGAACAUAAAAAAGUAAGAUGUAGUACUGGAAGAUGGUCUUGUGGACAACAAUGUAAGCAAAUCCUGCCAUGUAAAUCUCACAUGUGUGAGAAUGUUUGCCAUGAUGGUGACUGUCCUCCAUGCAGUUAUACAAGCUUACAACCAUGUCAGUGUGGUGCUGAAAAAGUAAGACGUCCAUGUAAUGAUUUAGAAUGGCAAUGUAGUAAGAAAUGUAACAAGCCAUUUUCAUGUGGAUACCAUAAAUGUGAAAAAAUAUGCCAUUCUGGUGACUGUGGAUUAUGUCCGAAUUCCGGUUUAAUGUCCUGCCCAUGUGGGGCAAAUCAACGGUAUGUACAAUGUCCGGAUAUAAUGGAAACAUGUUUAAGUACAUGUGGUAAGAAACAUGAAAACUGUGAACAUAACUGCCCAGAAAAAUGCCAUAAAGGUCCAUGUCCACCUUGUCAGGUUAUGAUUGAGAAGAAAUGCCAAUGCUCAACACACACUAGGGCACUACCCUGUAGUAAAGAAUUCAAGUGUGACUCAAAGUGCAGGGGUACUCGCCCCUGUGGUAAACAUGCAUGUGGACGUAAAUGUUGCAAUGGUAACUGUCCACCAUGUGAAAAAAUUUGUGAUAAGCCCUUACAGUGUGGCCGCCACAAAUGCACCUCAGUUUGUCAUCAUGGUCCUUGUUAUCCUUGUUCUAGGGAAUCAAAAAUAACAUGUAGAUGUAAAGAAACAUACAUCACUGUGCCUUGUGGCAGAGAAAAAAAUAUAAAACCACCAAAAUGCUGUCUCCCUUGUAAGAUUAAAUAUAAAUGUGGCCAUAUAGAGGAAAACAAACAUUCGUGCCAUUUUGGUGAAUGUCCGCCUUGCAAAGCUAUAUGCUUCAAGGCAUACCAGAAAUGUGGUCACCAGUGUAAAGCUACGUGCCACGAAUAUGUGACACUUGUAUUUAAACAAGUGGAAAAACCUGCUACACCAUGGGAGAUACAGCCUCCAAAGUCUAAAGUAAUGACAUUAGAUUGUCCUCCAUGUGAAAUGCCUGUGCCAGUAACUUGUUUUGGUGAACAUGAGAUAGAACAUCAGCCAUGUCAUUCUGCAUCUAGACGACCAUGUGGCCGAGAAUGUGGUCGCCCACUUGAAUGCACUAAUCAUGCUUGUAUUCUUCUCUGCCAUUUAUUUACUUACAAUCCUGAUUAUCCCAAUGUGCCUUAUAAAUGUAAGCCAUGUGAUAAAGAAUGUUUGGCAGUCCGUCCAGAAAAGUGCACACAUAAAUGUGCAAAACGUGGUUGUCACCCUGGACCAUGUCCUCCAUGCGAAUUAUUUGAGCGCAUCCGCUGUCAUUGUGGUGUAACAGAACUUUAUUUACGGUGUAGAGAGCUAUCAACUGCAACCGAAGAAAUGUUUUGUUGCCAGCAGCAAUGUCCAAAGAUGUUAGACUGUGGUCACAGAUGUAAGAAACUAUGUCAUCCAGAUCAGUGUAAAGAAAACCAAAUUUGUUUGAAAAAGACAAAAGUGCACUGUAGUUGUGGUAAUUUGAAGAAAGAAGCACCAUGCAAUGCGGUGCGACAACAAGAAAUAAAAAUUAAUUGUGACAACAGUUGUGAGGCUAAACAAGCUGCAGCAAAGAUAGAGAGAGAAAGAGAAGAAAAGAGACUGAAAGAGCUAGAAGAAGAAAGAAACCGUAGAGAGUUGGCAGAAUAUGAGUGGAAGUUGAGUGGCAAAAAGAAGAAGUAUAAGGAAAAGAAAGUGACCAUUAAUAGAGAUGAAAGGAAUUGGCUUCAAAAGUAUUGGAUUAUCAUUACAUCUAUAGUCGCUUUAUUGAUUGCAUUCGUAUACUAUGUAUUGUACAUUUAA